AUGUUGGGGAAUUACACAAGUGCCACUGGGUUUUAUCUUGCUGUUUCCCCUGUCUCUGAAAAGCUGUGCCACAUCCUUUUUGCUACCUUCUGCUUCUUCUACUUAGUGUCCCUAGUGGGGAACACAAUCAUCUUCGUGAUCGUCUGUGCUGAUAAACGCCUGCAAUUCCCCAUGUGUUUCUUCCUGGUUCACCUCUCCAUCCCGGAGAUCCUGCUCACAACCAUUAGUCCUGUGAUGCUUUGGGGGCUACUGCUCUCCGGCAUGGAGGCAAUAUCUGUGGCUGGAUGUGUGGUACAACUCUUUCUGCAACUUGCCCUGGGGACCACGGAGUUUUCCUUGCUCGGAGCGAUGACUGUAGACCAUUAUGUGGCUGUAGACCAUUAUGUGGCUGUUUGCAACCUCAUGAGCAGCCGAGCCUGCAGCGCCGUGGUAACUGUGUCAUAGUUAUUUGGGUUCUUUUAUCAAAUCUGGCCAGUUUAUGCCACAUUUCACCUUACCUACCGCAAAUCAAACGUGGUAGACAAUUUCUUCUGUGACGAAGGGAAGCUGCUCAAAUUAUCCUGCGAUAACACUAUUUUCCUAGAGUUUAUCCUCUUUUUAAUGGCUGUUUUUGUUUUCUUUGGUUCUCUAUCUACCAUUGUCUCCUACACCUACAUCAUCUUCACCAUCCUCAAGAUUCCCUCAGCCUCUGGGUGGAGGAAAGCCUUUUCUACCUGCGCCUCCCACGUCACCUGUAUUGUGAUUGGCUACCGCUGCUGCUUGUUCCUGUAUGUGAAACCCAAGCAAACUCAGGCAUCUGAUUACAAAGUGGUUUCCGUCAUGAUUUCCAUCGUAGCUCCGUUCCUCUACCCUUUCAUCUUCACGCUCCAUAAUGACAAAGUCCAGGACGGAGUACGCUGCUACCAGUUAUUCAAGAGUUAG